UCUUCGUUACUGGAAUCGCGGUAUUGAAGUUGUGUCGUUCUUAGAUCAUCGUUGGAGCCUUUCGAAGUCAUCAUUAUUGGAGCCGUUGUUACUAGAGUCGGAAUGGAGUCACGUUACUGGAGUGCUGUUAGUGGAAUGGAGUCGUGUUACUGGAGUACUUAUUGCCGUUACAAGAGUUGUUACUGGUGGUUUCUCUUGUCUAUGGC